AUGAUGAAGUGUUCUUGCAGAAAAUAUGGAGGUGUGGGUGGAUGGCCAAGGGUCUGCAAAUUUGACGUGGUAGCCACUCACGGUGCCGUAAGCGAUCAAAACGCGUCGAUCAAACGUUUGUAUCGAUAA